AUGGCGGCGGGGCGGGGCUGGACGGGAGGAGCAGCCAAAGGCGGCGGGGCGGGGCAGGCAGCCAAUGGCGGCGGAGCGGGGCGGGGCGAGCAGCCAAUGGCGGCGGGGGGCGGAGCUCGGCUCCCCCAGUGGCGGCGUUGCGCGGCGCCGUUUGGAUUCAAAGGCGCUAUAAAGGCGCCGUAACGGCGCUGCCCGCGGCCGCCUGCCCUCCGCGCCAUGGCCGCGAACGCGUCGCAGUGCCUGGAGGAGGGCGCCGGGCAAUGGCCGCCGCGCCCGCCCGGGCCGUACAGCGAGGCGCGGCGGCUGGCGCUGGAGGAGCUGGUGGCGGGCGGCCCCGAGGCGCUGCGCGCCUUCCUGCGGCGGGAGCGGCUGCCGCCCUUCCUGUCGGAGCCCGAGGUGCAGGCCAUCGCGCGGGGCGCCGUGCCGCCCAACGCGGCCGAGGAGGCGGCGGCCGAGGCGUCGCUGGACGCGUCGUCGCUCACCUACUUCCCCGAGCGCUCGGACGCGGAGCCGCCGGCGCUGGAGCUGGGCUGGCCGGGCUUCGGCAGCGGCGCGUUCCGCGGGCUGACGCGGGUGGAGGCGCACUUCCAGCCGGGCGGCGGGGACAGCCCGUACGGCUGCAAGGAGGCGGUGCGCCGGCAGAUCCGCUCCGCGCGGCAGGUGAUUGCCCUUGUUAUGGAUUCCUUCACAGAUAUUGAUAUCUUCAGUGACCUUCAGAAUGCCUACAGCAAGCGCCAGGUCCCUGUCUAUAUCCUUCUUGACCAGGACUUUCUACCCUAUUUCUUGGAAAUGUGCAAAAACUUGGGUGUCUGUCCUGAGAAGGAAAGUUUGAUGAGGGUUCGAACUCUCACUGGGAACAUCUACUACACGAGAUCAGGUGCCAAAAUUAUUGGGAAAGUCCAUGAAAAAUUCAUGUUGAUUGAUGGCAUUAGAGUGACAACAGGCUCCUACAGUUUCACGUGGACUGAUGGGAAGCUGAACAGCAGUAACUUGCUGCUACUGUCAGGUCAAGUGGUUGAACACUUUGACCUGCAGUUUCGAAUUCUUUAUGCCCAGUCAAACCCUAUCAAUCCUGAAUGCCAAUCAAGUAGGAACAGUGGUAUAUUUGAUCAUCUGGAGAAAAGAAUAGAGUCCUCUAAAGAAUACACUGUGGAGAGCAAUUUGAGGGCAGAAUUUGCCAGGUUGUCUAGUACUCCAAAAAAACUGUUAAAAGAACUAGAUGUGGCUGAAGAUACUCCAGGAGGCAAAGCUUGUGACCUGGGACAUUCUCACUUGAGUGAAGAGGAGUGGCUCAGCGAUCCAGAGGCCAUAGUGGGACAAAAGAAUGCAUCGACUCAAACUGGUUUAUGGGAAGAGCAGCCUGCAGUGGCCGUGUGUAAUGUUGGCAUGCAGACCAAUGUUUUAACAGAAGAAGCUGACGCUCAAACUUCAAUUGCCACAAGAACGACUGGGACUCAGACUUCAGUUUUGCUGAAGGCUGCAGUGACGCAGACAAGGGAAGAUGAGUACGUGGAAACCCCCCUGCUUUACAGGAAGUUUUCCAAAGAAGAACCCUUUCUACCUGGAAAGUCUUCAUCAAAUUCUAGUCUGCGAUCACUAUCUUCAUCAUCAUCCCACAUGUCUCGCACGAGCUCUACCAGCUCACUGACUUCUCUUCGGUCCUUUGAAUACCCUAGCAUUCACAGGGCAGAGUAUUUCCAAAAACUGCAUAAGGAGAGGCAAUUCCACUACUCCACCAUCAGAUCAAAGCUUAGCCACAUGGUGGAUAUCUUGUCCUGGAGAAGACAUGUUCCUGAAAGCUACAUGAACCACUACAGGGGAAGGUACAACCUGAAGUAGAGGUGAGACAUCAGUGCCAGCCUGCACAGCCUCUGAGAUGUUUCACUCUUCUCUGAAUAAAUGACUGCUGCACUGAAUGCAGAGCUCGAAAGCUCUGGUCACAAAAUGCAAAAUCACUUUAUAUCUGCUGAUUCUUCUGAUUCCUUCUAGUACUUUUACUCUUCUUUAAUACAUGCACGCAUCACUUUCCAGCACUUUGUUUUCUACUAUGCAAUUUAAUCAGUGCGGUUUUUCACAUGUACUGUAACCACUUGCAUGUUUCCCUUAUACACAUUAGUGGUAUAGGUUUAUUGUACUUCUGAAUAUUUGACUUAGAAAGCAUUUAAGUUUUGUUUUUAGGAUUGCUAAUGCUCUGGCUUUAAGUUCUCUAACUUGGAAAAAUUUGAGUCAGACAGAUCCUGCUCAGAACGGUAAUACCAACAUUUAUUUCCCCUUUUUAAUAAUGGGUUUUAUUUCCACUACAUGCUCAGAAUGAGGGAAAAUAACUUCAUUCUCACUCCAGUGGAAGAGCAAAAUGUGUGUACCUCUGAAGCUGUGAAAGGUCUGUUGGAACAGUUGUGGGUUCUGAUCUAACCAGCUCUUCAGUUUGAUUGUCCUUUUAUGCUUUUACAUAGGUAUAUGUAAACAUGUGUGUAACAACGAUAACAUAACUGUUAUCAACAGUUUUUCUCUUAAACCAAAAGAUAGUUUCAUAUCAGAUGCUAAGAAGAAAAUGAACUGUCUCAGCGGGAACUGGGACGUGUGUCUUAGUUCUGGUAGGAGACCUGUAAGUGCCUGCCUUCCUUGGAGUCAGGCUGGAGGUGAGAUGAUCCCCGAGGACACAUGGCAAAGUCUCUGCUCAAAUAAAGUACAAAAAUAUUA